AGCGCUCUCCCUGGAUGGUGCGGGGCCUGAGCUUCUCCGCCGGCCCUGGCUCCGCUAGCUCCAGCUUGCUCCCGCCGCCAUGUCUGCCACCAUCGAGCAGGAGUUUGAAGAGCUGGAUGCUCAGAAUCGCUGGCAGCAGCUAUACUUGGAAAUUCGCAAUGAGUCCCAUGACUAUCCUCACAGAGUGGGCAAGUUUCCAGAAAACAGAAAUCGAAACAGAUACAGAGAUGUAAGCCCAUAUGAUCACAGUCAUGUUAAGUUGCAAAAUGCUAAAAAUGAUUAUAUUAAUGCCAGCUUAGUUGACAUAGAAGAGGCACGAAGGAGUUACAUCUUAACACAGGGACCACUUCCUAAUACAGGUUGUCAUUUCUGGCUUAUGGUUUGGCAGCAAAAGACCAAAGCAGUUGUCAUGCUAAACCAAGUUGUGGAGAAAGAGUUAGUCAAAUGCGCACAGUACUGGCCAAAAAAAGAUGACCGGGAGAUGCUGUUUAAAGAAACAGGAUUCAUUGUAAAGUUCUUGUCAGAAGAUGUGAAGUCUUACUACACAGUCCAUCUACUGCAAUUAGAAAAUAUCAAUAGUGGUGAAGCCAGAACCAUCUCUCACUUCCAUUACACUACCUGGCCAGAUUUUGGAGUCCCUGAGUCACCAGCUUCAUUUCUCAAUUUCUUAUUUAAAGUGAGAGAAUAUGGCUCCCUGAAUCCUGAGCAUGGGCCUGCUGUGAUCCACUGUAGUGCAGGCAUUGGGCGGUCAGGCACGUUUUCCCUAGUAGAUACCUCUCUUGUUCUGAUGGAAAAGGGAGAUGAAAUUAAUAUUAAACAACUAUUACUGAAUAUGAGAAAGUACUGAAUGGGACUUAUUCAGACACCAGAUCAACUCAGAUUUUCGUAUAUGACUAUUAUAGAAGGAGCAAAAUUCAUAAAGGGAGGUCCAAGUAUACAGAAAAUGUGGAAAGAACUGUCUAAAGAAGACUUACAUCCUGCUUUUGAUCACUCACCAGCCAGAAUAAUAACUGAAAAGUACAAUGGCAACAGGGUAGGCCUAGAAGAAGGAAAGACGACAGGCGACAGACAUACAGGAUCAUCCUCUAAAACUCAAGAUCCUGUGGAGGAGAAAACAGAAAGUGUUCUGCGUAUCUGAGAGGACAGAAAAGCUAUCACGGCUCAGAGAGUGCAGCAGAUGAAGCAGAGGCUAAAUGAGACUGAAAGAAAAAGAAAAAGGCCAAGAUUAACAGACACCUAAACAUUCAUGACUUGAGAAUAUUCUGCAGCUAUAAAUUUUGAACCAUUGAUGUGCAAAGCAAGACCUGAAGCCCACUCCGGAAGCUGAAGUGAGGCUUGAUAAACCUGUAGAUUGCCUCACACAUUUGUAUGUUUACAAAGUAAACUUUACAUCCAGGGAUUGAAGAGCACCACCAGCAGAAGACUUUGCAGAACUCUCUA